UAAUCAUAAUGAUGUAAUAAAUUAUAUUGUACGCGCGGUAGUCGUACGUUUCGGUUUCGGUCGUCCCGUCGGCGGCAGCACUGCAGGGGUGACGCUGGUCGGAGGACAGAAGGAGGUGGCGAGGGGAUGCCGCCGUAAUCCGGAUUAAGGGCGCGUCAGUGACGGUGGCGGUGCGGGGUACGGUCGUUGCUAUAUUCCCGGCUAAUCUCACCCCCGGUCUGCACACUCCACGCCGCGAACCGUUCGCAGUGGCACACAAAGUUUCACCCCGAACGGCACACGAUAAUCCCUCUGGUCUCCUUCCACCCCGACUGCCGCCACCGACUCUCCACUUCCCCGUCGUCGAAAAUCCUCAUCCACCGCGGCUGCCGGACGGGUUUUUCGACUCUCACCGUGCGCGCGUGUGUGUGUGUGUGUGUGAACGCGGUCGCGCGUUAGUCUCGGUCGGUCAAACGGGCCGCGUGGUGUACUGUCGUCGGCGUCGUCGUCGUCGUCGUUGUGCGGGGUACAGUGUACGUCGUCGUCAAUUCGAGAACUACAGAAAUAAAAUUAAUACCGAUAUUGUACAAGAUCACGUGCGCCUUAUCUGGACACCCAGGGAACCCGGACGAAAUGCACGAUCAGCCGACGACGUCAGAGUCGGAGGAACUCGUCACCGCGAAAUCUAUACCAGUUCACUGCAUAGUGGAAUCGAUCAACCAUGUUUAUCAAUGGAGCCAAAAGCACUCGCCGUCAGUGCAUCGUCCUAAAGGCCACGUAGAAUUGGACAGAUUUGUCAUCAUCCCGAACAACACUGCGUUUAGAGAUUUGACGGAAGCCGCGUUGGUACGCCUGGGCUAUUCCAAAGACACGGCAGCGGCGUCAAAGGGAUUAGUAGUGCUGAAGAACUGGUUACCGCUAGACCUGGACACAAUAGCCGAAGAUCCGGUGCUGACAGUGAACGACGUCCUCGGAGAACUCACUACCUUAGCUACUCUGAGAAUACUCGUGUUCCGGGAAUCGAAGAACCGAUUCUCCGAUUUGAAGGACAAACUGUUGAAACUGCUGUUGGUACAAAGCCAAACGCAGCUGACAGCGUCGGGAUGUCCCCUGGACGAAGCGAUAAUAUUGCAGAUGAUGAAGGUGGGACAAGCUUGCCCAGAUUUGCCCGAAGAUCUGUACAAAAAAUUCGAACAAUGGUGGAUCAUGCAAUCGUCAAACGUCGUUCCCAAAAUACAGCCAUCGGUAUUGCCGCAAUCAGUGAGAGACAUGUUCUAUCGUAACGGCUCGUCGCCAAGGCAGUCUAACAUGCAAGACAACCCCGCAAACUGUAUUGUUCCUAAAUCAGACCCCAAGACACACAGUCUCCAGUCUGUUUCUCAAAAUCAGUUCCAAGGUCAAAAAACGCGUAUGCGUACUAGCUUCGAUACGGAACUCGAACUCCCGAAAUUGCAAGCUUGGUUCGCUGAAAAUCCUCAUCCGAGUAGACAACAAAUACACCAUUACGUGAGUGAAUUGAACAAUCUGGAAUCGCGAAAAGGUCGUAAGCCGUUAGACGUCAACAACGUCGUAUAUUGGUUUAAAAAUGCCAGAGCAGCUCAAAAACGGGCUGAAGUACGUGGCACAAAUUCAGGCGUCGCAGACAAUAUGAACUCGGCGAACAACGACGGCAACGUGAACGGCUACUGUAAGAGCAGCAGUCCCAGCGAGCACGGGGGCAAGUCGUACAGCGGGCAGGGGUCGGUGAGCGAGGCCGAAGACGACGACGACGACGAAGAGUUCGACGACAACCGGGACGACGGCGACGAUGACGACGAUACGAAACCGCCGAUGAGCCCGCCGGCGGAACAGCCGAUAUCGUUGACCACGCACGGGCGGUUUAGUAACGGCGAAACUCUGUUGCAGUCUCCGAGACCGCAAUCGCGCAACUCACAGCAGAGCCCCGAACACAAGGUGAUGGUGAUCAAGGAAGAGCCACCAGAUAAGGAUAAGACGACCGUGACCACUGGACUGAACAAUAACGAUUACGAGGACGAGGACGAUUUCGAUGAGGACAUGAUUGACGAUGACGGGUCGGACGGUGGCGGCGGUGACGACCGCGACGUGAUCGGCAACAGCUGCAAACGGUUAUCAUCGCAACAACAACAACAGUCAGCGAUGUCUUGCACCACCAGCCCAGUAGACGACCACCCAGUUGCCACGGGACACCACCACCAGGCGACGCCGCCACCCCCACCCCCGCCGCUGUUCCACCGGGCCGCCGAUCUGCACCAGCCCCUGGUCCGGCCCGGGUUCUCGAUGGUGCCAAACUCAAUGUUCGGCCACAGCUUCAUGUACAUGAGCCAAUGCUUGCCCGGCUUCAAUAUGGGCCGCCGGCCACAGACCGGCACUCCGCCACCGCCACAAUCGCAACAGCCUCAGGUGUCGUCUGCAGCCACCGCAGCGGGCCUAAAUCUGUCGGCGCUGGCCGAGGAACGCCGGAAACGGAACCGGACGUUUAUCGACCCGGUGAGCGAGGUGCCGCGGCUCGAACAGUGGUUCGAACACAACACGCAUCCGUCGCACAGCCUGAUCGCCAAGUACACGGACGAGCUGAACCGGAUGCCGUACCGGCAAAAGUUCCCGCGGCUCGAGUCGAAGAAUGUUCAGUUCUGGUUCAAAAAUCGCCGGGCCAAGUGCAAGCGACUAAAGAUGUCCCUGUACGACGCCAUGUCGCCUAAGGAUCAAUUCUCCAUGCCCACGUACCUCAAUCACGAUUAAAUAUGCUGUUCCACGCGUCGUUGUUAGAAAAAACAUUGUCACGGAUGAAUAACAAUAUUACGAUAAAAAAUAAUAUUAUAUUAUAACUAGGUAUUAAAUACAAUAUUAUACACAAUAUUUAUACGGUAAAAAUAUUAUUUGUUAUAGGUACACCGCGCGGCUGCUCGUGUGUACAAUACUACUACUAUGACAUUGUUAUGUAUUAUUUGAGUAUUAAAUCACGUGUAAAGAUGAAAAAAACAUUUUUUUAACUAAAUUAAUACUUUUUGUGCUUGAAAAAAAAAUUCUGAACAUAACGACUAAAUAUUUUCAUUAUUAGUUUUCAUUAUUUAUUUUUCAAUAGGUUUUUCCUUAUUAUAAUAUAGUCGUGCUAGUCAAAAUCGUUAUCCCUCCCCCAAAUAAAGAAAACACCCCUACACACGUACUAUAUGCGCUUGUUUAAAUGUCGAAAAAUAUAAUUUACUACUUGUAACUCAUAAGUACGGAUAAUAAUUAGUCCCGAGGAUUUAAUAUAAUAUAAUAGGUGCGUCAACGUUUUCCGAGCCGUUCACGUGAAACCGCGUGUUUCGAGGAGAAGAGCACAAGUUU